AUGCAAGACAAGGAAUUUACGACAGAUACACUGGCAGUGGAAGGAAUGGAGAAGGCAAUGGCAAAUCACAAGGAGAACAUCCAUUUUGAUACCCAAACCAGCUCCUUCGAGGAACGUCUCCUUGUUCGCAAGCAAGAUCUCCGUAUCCUGCCCCUGUCAGCCGGAAUUUAUCUUCUCUGCUACCUGGAUCGGUCAAAUAUUGGAAAUGCGAAAACUCUCAACAAUGACACAGGCAAUGACCUGCUUCAGGAAACGAACAUGACGGAUUAUCAAUACAUGCAAGUGGAUUUACUAGUAGUGUCUCCGAGAAAUAAUAUCACAAUGUUAACUAAACAUAGCAUAGCUUUGAUGGUUUUCCUGAUUGCCUAUGCAAUUUUCGAAGUGCCUUCAAACUACUUGCUGAAGAGAUUGCGACCAAGUCGCUGGAUUUCAUUUCUUAUGCUCUCAUGGGGAGCAAUCACCAUGGGUCUUGGAGGCACGCACAGCUUUGGUCAGGUAGCGGGUAUACGCUUCCUCCUAGGAGCAAUUGAAGCUGGUCUAUUUCCAGGUCUGGUCUACUAUCUCACCUUCUGGUAUACAGCCUCAGAGCGAUCAUUGAGAGUUGCUCUUAUUUUGGCCUCUGCCACUUUGGCGGGAGCAUUUGGAGGAGCUAUUGCAUAUGGAGUGGGUCAUAUGAACGGUGCAAGUGGUCUCUCUGCCUGGCGAUGGCUCUUCAUCAUUGAGGGAGCUCCUUCCUGUGCAUCUGCAUUCCUUGUUUGGUUCAUUCUCCCAGACUAUCCGGAGACAUGCAAUUUCUUGACCUCCGAGGAAAAGGCAUUAGCAGCACAGAGACUUUCUGUGGAGGAGACCGAUAGUGAAAGAAAGUCGAUGACUUGGAGCGACGCUAAGUCUGUCUUGACCGAGUGGCGACUUUAUGCCCAUUAUCUGAUUUACUUUGGGAUUUCCACCCCCUUCUCCAGCCUGUCACUUUUCACACCCACAAUUGUCGCUGGUCUAGGCUACGAAAACCUUGAAGCCCAAUUGAUGACUGUUCCACCAUAUGCGGUGGCGUACGUCGUAACUGUUGCAGUUUCUUGGUCUGCAGACCACUUUAACGCCCGCAGCAUUCACUCCGCAGUUUUUGCAUUCAUUGGUGCCAUGGGUUUCCUAGCCUCAGCAGUUCUCCCAGCGGACGCUUACCUGCAUCGAUAUGGAUGUUUAAUAGUUGCUGCUUCUGGGGCGUUUUCUUGCAUCCCUCCUCUUUUAGGUUGGUUGUCUUCCAAUAUUCACUCGUCCGCUGAGAUUGGACUGGCCAUUGCAUUGAAUAUCUCCUUCGGAGCACCUGGCCAGAUUGUUGGUGUCUGGAUUUACAAGAGUGAUCAGGUGAAACGAGGAUAUCCCACCGGUCACUGGACAAAUGCGGCGUUGCUUCUUCUUGUUUCGGUCACUUGUGUUCUCAUGCGACUAUAUUACGGACGGUUGAACAAGAAGGCUCCUCACGGUCAAAUCAAGUAUGCUUACUGA